AUGAGCAGACUGGGCUCAUGGUUCCGCUCGUCGGCCAAGGGGAGCAGCAAUGCAAGCCCGGCCUCGUCGUCGGUCAACCUCUCCUCCAAGGAGCUGACCGCCAAGGAAAUGGCCGAUAUCGAGGAUGCGAUGACGGCCGCGGCCUUCAUUAUGAACGACGACAUUGAUGGCGCCGAAGAGCGUCUGCGCAAGGGCGACUCGGCCUUUCACCAGCUGGGCUUGUCGAUGACGACAUUUCUCCGCUCCGUCCUGGGCUUUGAGAAGGAGGUCAUGAACGAGGCCUCAAAACGGCUGGCCGACACCGAGGCCAAGGCGUGGGCGGACUACAAGAAGGCCGAACGUGAGGGACACGCCACGAGCAGCAGGAUUUACCCGGCAGGGACCGAGUUCCUGCUCAUCCACGCCGAGUCGCAGCUCAUGGCGGCCGUCGUGGCCGUUCUCCACGAAAGUCUGACCGAGGCCCUCAAGGGCUUCUACAAGCUGCGCAAGGCGUUUGUCACGCUCGACGGCAUCAUGAUGCAGGAGGCCAAGGCGUUGGAGAAGGACAAGGGGAAGGCGGACCCGCCCCCGCUGCGGCAACGGCUGAGCGAGGAGAAGAUGCCCGGCAGCUUUGACGACGAAGAGUUUGUCGACCUGGACCGCAACGACGACAGCGACGCCGAGUUCGUCGACGCCAGCGAGGUGCCCAAGUCGGGGUCCGAGACGCCGGCGGACAAGAAGGCGAACGGCUCGGCGCCGGAGACGGCGGCUCAGGAGCUGGCCGCGCUGGACCUGAACUCGGGCACGUCGACGCCCGCCUCGGGCGACGCGAAGCUGGCGCCCCUGCAGGUGUCGUCGCAGAUGGCCGAGGACUCGGACGCCGAUCCCGGUGUUUUCUCCAACCCCGUGGACGCCUUCAUCCACAGCGGCGCCAACAUGUGCUUUGGCAUGCUCCUCUUCAUGCUCAGCAUGGUCCCGCCCGCCUUCUCCCGCCUGCUGUACGUCGUCGGCUUCCGUGGUGACCGCGAGCGCGGCGUGCGCAUGCUGUGGAAGAGCACCGAGUUCGACAACCUCAACGGCGCCGUUUCGGGCCUCAUCCUCCUCGGCUACUACAACGGCCUUAUGGGCCAGGCGGACAUUACGCCGGCCGAGCGGGACUUUGACGCCGACGCCGAGAUGGUCGGGUACCCGGCCAAGAAGUGCGAGGCGCUGCUGGCGUCGAUGCGGACGCGGUACCCGGACUCGCGCCUGUGGCGCGUCGAGGAGUCCCGCGUCAUGGCGCAGCAGCGCCGGCUCGCCGACGCGAUUCAGCUGCUCACGACGGGCCAGGAGUCCAAGAUGCGCCAGGUGACGGCGCUCAACUGCUUCGAGCUGGGGCUCGCCGCCAUGUCGCACCAGGACUGGGAGCUGAUGCAGAAGACGUUCCUGCGCUGCCUCGAGCUCAACGACUGGAGCCACACGCUGUACUACUACAUGGCCGGGUGCGCGGAGCUCGAGCUCUACCGCGACGCGUUCCACGCCGCGAACAAGGACGAGGACGAGAUGCGCCGGCGGAAGAAGAAGGCCGAGGAGCUGUUCCGCAAGGCGCCCACGGUGGCCGGGCGCAAAAAGUUCAUGGCGCGCCAGCUGCCGUUCGACACCUUCAUCACGCGCAAGAUCCAGAAGUGGGAGGAGCGCGCCAAGGAGUUCAAGGUCGACCUGGCGGACGCCGUGGCCGUCAGCCCCGCGCAGGAGAUGGUCAACCUGUGGAACGGCACCAAGAGGAUGAACGACGAGGAGCUGCACCAGUCGGCCAGGAGCCUGGGCUGGGAGCGGUGCACCCUGCCGGCCGAGGUGCUGGACAAGGCUUCCAUCCGGUCCAUCAGCCUGGCGGCCAUCUUCAGGACCCUCGGACGGUUCGAGGAGGCAAGGACCAUUCUCCAGACUGAGGUCUUGAACGCAGACAGAGCCGCAUUCAAGGGCCCCACAAAGGACGAGUACACGAUGCCCAUGGCGCACUACGAGAUGGCGGCCGUGGCCUGGUUCGAGGGGUGCCAGCCGGAGAAGCGCACGGCGACGGCGGACGAGCCGACGGACGCCGAGGGCCAGGCCAAGGCCGUGGCGGACUACCGCAAGAAGAAGACGGCCGAGUGCCAGGAGUGGCUCGACAAGGUCGUCGCGUGGGAGGCCUUCGUCUUCGACGCCAGGCUGGGCAUGCGCGUGCAGGCGGCGCUGGAGACGCUCAAGUGGUUCAAGCGGAAGAACGCAUGGGCAUAG